AGAGUCAUGGGUUUAGGUUGCUGGUAAUUGUGGAGUUUGCCUGAUAUAUAUAUCAAUGUGUGUACCUUUUUGUUGAUGAGUUUGUUGUCUUAUUCAUUGACCGACUUGUGACUUUGCGUUGAUGAAGUUAGGUGUGAAUUAUUGGAAGGGUAGGCUGUGUAUUUAUGGUACUUAGUUGAAUAUGAAGGGUAUUUUGCAUGAAGGGUGGUAAAGUAGAGACGAAACUGUAAAUAAAUAUAGGAAGUUUAGUCACUGUACGUGUUCCAGGAAACUGGGGAACACUUCUCGUCCCAACUCGGGGUCAAAGGUGACUGACUGUAUUUUCAGAAUGGCAGCAGAGACUUGGUGUGAUUUGCUUCUUUCUCUGCCAUGAUUAAACAGAUGGCAAUUUUUUCUUGGGUUCUCUUGAGGUUGGGACUUGCUUCCGUGGUAUCUUAAAAAAUCCGGGAAUGACUAAUUGGCCUACAGCGAUGGAUUAUUGAUUCUUGCGGUAGUCUUACGGGCCAAAGAGUUGUUUCUGUUAAUGGGAGCAGGCUGGCGUGGGUUUUGUCAAUCACUAUAAGAGACUAAGAGUAUUUUGCGAUCACUUCUCUCAGUAUUGGGUGCUAUAAUUCUUUCUGCAGUAUCUCAAUAAAGUCAACUUUAGUUUCAAGUAACAUUUUCAGGAAGCAGUAAUCAGUUGAUUUUGCAUCUUUUGGAGAAGGUAGUGUGAUAUCAAUUUAUGAGUUCAGUCUUGCUGAUGGAGUGGAAUGAAAAAUCCCCCUCGCAAUGGGAGUGGGAGAAUCUAUUCGUUUGCAAUGCAAAAGCAAAUGAGAAUUCAAAAUUGCAACCAAUAGAAUGGGCUAUGCAAGCAGAUCAAGGAAUUAACCCUGGAUGCUUUUAUUCAUCUGGGGGUGGUGGGUCUGAUCCAGACUUGGGACAUGCUUCUCUGUCAAAUAGCUUCAAAUCAGCUUCACUAGAUUCAUAUUCAAUUGGUGAAAGUAAGACAUCCAAGCUCACUCUUGAGACCUUUAGAGAUUUUCCGAAAGAUUUUCACAGGAAGAAAAAACUGGUCAAGUUGGAGACAAAUGGAACUUCUCCAACAAUUGAGCUGCCAUCUGGCUCUGGUGAGCCAUUGCUCAGUCUAAAGCUUGGUGAGCUGAUGUACUCUGAAGAUGCUUGCGUUGAAAACAGUACAGAGACCUCAAAAUUUUCUAUGACUUCCAUGUCAUCAGCAACCGCAGCUAAGAAAUGCAAGUCCAGUUGUCAGAGCACUCAGACAUUGCACUGCCAAGUUGAAGGCUGUAACCUUGACCUCUCGUUAGCUAAAGAUUACCAUCGCAAACAUAGAGUUUGUGAAAGUCAUUCAAAAUCCCCAAAGGUCAUUGUCGGUGGUCUGGAACUUCGGUUUUGUCAACAGUGUAGCAGGUUCCACAGUCUGUCUGAGUUUGAUGAAAAGAAGCGAAGCUGUCGCAGGCGGCUUUCUGAUCAUAAUGCUAGGCGACGCAAGCCACAGCCAGAAGCAGUCCGUUUAAAUCCAGCAAGGCUGUCUUCAUCAAUUUAUGAUGGGAAGCAGCAGAUGAACCUAGUCUUUGACAGAGUCCCCCUUGUUUACACAAGUGCUUCUGUUAGUUCAACAUGGGAGGACAUAUGCAGCUCCAAGUUUACCCAAACAAAAGGGUAUCCUCUGAAGUCUGAAAAAACAAGGAACACUGAUAUACAGCUGCAUUUUCCCCGCAAUGAAAUGCCAUGUGCCAUCACUGCACUCUGUGAUGAUUCCAGUAGGCUUCUGUCAUCCAAGGGCACCGUAGCUGAGGUUCUCAACCCAGGCUUAGAAGAACCCAUGAUCUUCACGGGGCAGGAAUCAACCCGAGAUUUCCGAUGUGCUCUCUCUCUUCUGUCAACCAAUUCCUGGGGUUCACGUCAGUCAAAACCAGCUCUACACCCACAUUCCAACCAUGCAAUUCAUUCUAGUACGCCGCAGCCUGCAAUGCAGGUGAUCCAAGGGUUCCCAAAUGCCUUGUCGGACUCCCGAGCUCACAUCUUAGGGUCUCCAAAUAAUGGGAUUACCGAUUUUCAAGACCUGCAGCUGUUCAGAUCACCAUACGAGUUCGGCUUUCAUCCCAACCAGUUGAAUUGACCUCUCAAAAACCUGGUACUGACUGGCCCAUCUGACUCGUCCGGAAGUUCCAUCUCCAUGGCCCAAGUUUCUUCCUUUUUCUUCUGUUUUUCUCUGUUUUCAAUCGCAUAUUCGAAAUUAUCUUUACCAAUAACAAAAUAUGUACGGGACAUAUUGCGAAGUGACUUAACGUUCAGUUAUCCUCUAAAAUAAAUUUGCUGAUGCAGAAGCAGAAGCAUUGCGAGCAGAGGGUGAUUAUUCAAGGCAAACUGUAGCCCUUUUAACAUCCAGGGGAUUUCGAAGUAGCAGAGAACACUUUUAGUUCUUCCA